AUGCAGGAGAUUGUGGAAUACAUUCACACAGAUACAUGUGCCAGUCUCAAUGUGAAGAAACGAAAGGCCUGUGAAGAGAACAAGGCAAAGCAGUGGGAAGCUCAAAAGGAGCUGGCUAAAAAACUGGUAGCUCUCUCAGCCGCUGCAAUGUACUACAAUUUACCUAGUCUUGUCAAAGAGAUAGAGAAGAGCAUCUCAAAAGUAGUGAAACAAUUCCCCUCAUUGCCAUUGAUAGUUUUGGCCACUUGCCACAAAGAAGGGCCCUCUGUUCCACCAGCAUUGCUUGAGCUGGCUUGGUCAUUGGUUCGAUCCAGCCGCAAAGCACUAGCAGAUACAAAGGCAAUUGCAUGUGUGGAUGCAGCUCUGGUGGAACAGAUUCUCACGGAUGAUCAAAUGUCAAUGAACGAAUAUGGUCUGUUCCUCUUUCUGACACAGUGGGUUCAAAUCAACCCAAAGGAUCGAGAAGAGCUUGCCAAAAAGCUCGGAAGCAACCUUCAGCUGGAAAAAAUAAAUCCAGUUGAUCUAUCCACUUCAGUUGCCUCAUCUGGACUGUUCAUGGCUGAUGAAAUAAAUGAAGCUUACAAGAAGCAAGCCAUUGCUGCUCAACAGGCCCAUAGAUGGUCUUUUCAAGCAGCACGGGGUUCCCGUGUCUGGAAAAAAACUCUCACAACAGAGACUGGUUCGGGUAAGCCUGAUGUCAACACCGAUAUCCUCAAUAUUGCUCCCAUCAAGGAACGAAUCCAUGAAUGGACUGCGAAGUUAUUAUUGGAUGAUGGUGUAGGAACGAAUGCUAGUGCUGCAUUUGGAAUUGUAUGCACUGAAACUUUUGUUGAAGACGACUUUCUGCUAGGCAGACAAGCUGGUGGCUGGGGAUUUGAUGACCUUGGUAGUAGUUGCAGCGAGGGUCAAUACACACUAGAAGAUAUGCGAUCAAUUUGUACAGACGAAGAAGUCAACCUGACACUCAAUCUUUCUCCCAGUGAGAAGGGAAAUGGCACAUUGAUCAUUUCUUUUGAACUUCAAGGAGACAAUCGUUCUUAUGAAAUUGCCAACAAUCUACAUGAACAUCUCAAGUCACAUCCUGGAGGAUUUCUUCCUGCCGUCUCAACCUACCAUGGUGCGUGUAUUGAGUUCGUGAGAAUGACAACAAUUCAAAAAGGCUAG